AGUUGUGAUUGUAGUAGAAUUCUUAUCAAAUUUAUAAAAUGUCAUAAUUUCUAAAUCUUAAAUAAUUCUAUUAUGUAGUUAAUUUAGUACAUUCUACAUUUAUAAAUAUAUAUCCUAUACUAUUGAUUAAAAACACACGAAAACCAUGGAGUCUACAGACAAUGAACCUGGUGAAGGUGCCACGGGAAAAAAAUUAUCCCUUGAAGAUAUGUCCAAAGAAGAAUUAAUCAAAAAGUGUAAAAGUAUUCUAUUUCUCACACAAAAAGCAAAACAAUCUAAGGAAGAGUUGGCCAAUGAAAAUGUUAAGUUAAAACGUGAAUUAACUACUACUAAAGAAAUGGUUAAUUCAUUGUUAGAACAAAAAAUGGAAACAGCUCAAAAACUUGAAAAAUUUAAACUUCUAAAUAAAAAAUAUACCGAUUUGGAGAAUAAAAAUGAAAGUUUAGAACGGCAGAUAACACGUUUAACAACGGAAAAUAACGAUUUAUUAAAUCAUUUAGAAAAAGUGGAAAAUCAAAUUGUGAAUUUAACUGAAAUUGGUAUCGAUCAACGUAAUAAAUUGUUUAAGUUAUUAAAAAGGAAUGAUAAUAAAUCUGAUGAAAAUGUGAAUUUUCCUACAGAACAUGCAAAUGUUAGUCAAGAAGAGUUAAAAACAAUGUUAACGAUAAGUUUAGAAGAAAUUAAAACUGUUCGACAAGAUCGUGAUCAUUUAAAAGCACAAAUAAUCGAUUACGAACAACAAUUAAAUCAAUUCAAUGAUUUAACUUCACAAUUAACUGAAAAAGAUCAACAGAUUGGAAAAUUAACUGAAAAUUUGAAUGCGUUAAAAGUGAGUAGUUUAGAAUAUCAAGAGAAAGAAAAUAAUUUAAAAUGUGAAAUAGAAAAAUUAAAAUAUGGUGCAUCAACUAAUCAAAAUACGGAAAUUAAAAAUUUACAAGAACGUUUAAAUACGUUAAAUAAUGAAUUAGUGUUAUCGAACGAGAAAUGUAAUCAAUUACAAAGUUUAAAAGAUAAGUUUAUUGAAAGUGAAAAACAAAUUGAAAAUCUAACGAAAGAAAUUGAUGUGUUGAAAUCGACAGAAAAUGAAAAUGUACCACGAAAAGUAUUCGAUGAAAUGAUGGAAGUUAAUGAAAAAUAUAAAGAAAAAAUUAUUUUGUAUCGAACAAAAUUAAAGAAGUUAGCAAGUGCGUUAAAAGAAUUAAAAGAAACGAAACAGAAUUUGUUAGAAACUGUUAAAGAUUGUAAUACAUGUAUUGGUACCUGGAAAAUUGAAAUAGCGAAUGUAUUAAAAGCAAUCGCUGAUAUUUCAGACUCAACAAAUGUAUCAGAUAAUUCAAAUCAACAUUUAUCAAAUUUAAUAUCACAAAAUAAACAGCUACAAGCUGAAAAAGAAAGUUUACAAGCUGAAAUCAACAAUCUAAAACAGAAAAUUCCACAACAAAGUCCCACUAAAGAUGACACAAUACAAAAACUAACGCAUGCAAAUCAAUUAUUACAAACGGGAAAAUUAGGUUUAUUCAAAACAAUAUCCAACUUACAAAGACGUGUCCUCGCGAAUGAAAAUCAAAAUGAAACACCUCAAGGAAAACCAACUGAAAAUUCGAAACAAAUAACUGAAAUUUUAGAGAAAUUACAAAAUCAUACAGAAUUAGAAGAGAUUAUUUUAAAUGAAAAAACUUCGAAACAUAUUAAUCUAACAUCGAAUCAAUUUAAAAAUGUUAUUCGAGAUAUCAUCGAAAUUGUAUCUAAAUUAAAAUUAAUUGAACCAAUUUAUACGAUAUUCGAAAAUCGAAUUACAACAUUUGAUGUAUAUCAAAAACACUGGAAUAUUCUAGAAUCAAAAUUACAAAAUCUCGAUCAAUCUGAAACAAUGGAAGAAAUUCCGAUUAACAAUGAAAUUGUUCCUGUGGAAAUAUCAAAAGUUUACGGAUUGAUAACUGAGAUAAAAUCUCGUUUAACAAGCAAUCGACAACUUCAUGAUAAGGAAAUGUUAGAAAAAAAUAUUAAUGGUUUGUCGAAUGAAUUAAAAUCGUUAAGUGAUGAAUUAGGUGGCUAUCAGAAGAGCGAACAAGAGUUUAAUGAAAAGUAUGAUACGUUACAAAAGAAAUUUGAAACUAUGUUUGAUGAGAAAAAAACUAUUGAGACAAUUUACAACGAGCGUGUCCAAGAAAUUGAAUUUUUCAAACAAGUUAAUGAAAAUUUAAAGCAAGAAAUUAUUUUUGAUCGAGAAACAAUUACAAAAUUAAAAAAUCAAAUUCAUUCUUUGGAGGAGAAAUCAUUAAAUCAAGAUAACGAGAUUCAACAGUUGAAAGUUGAAUUGGAAAAUUUCAAAAAAAUUGAAAAUGAUCUACAAAUGAAAAUUAAUUCAAUUGAAAUGGAAUUAAAAUCGGUGAAUGAACAGAAAACAAUGACGGAAUUGUUAUUGGAAAAAGAAAAACUUGUAAAUUCAAAUCUUAAAGAAGAGUUAGAAAAAGAACAAAAUCUGUUAAAGAUGUACAAAGAUGAAAAGAAUUCCGUAAAUGAAGAAAAAUUGAUCAUAAACGAUUUGAAUUUAAGAAUUGAUUCAAUUGAAAAAGAAUUAAAAUCGGUACUUGAAGAAAAACUUAAAUUGGAAUCUAACAUUAAAGAAAAAGAGGUUGAAAUUGAAAAUCUUAAGCAAGAGUUGGAAAAAGAGCAAAAUUGUAUAAAAAAUUUGAAAGAUGCAAAAGAUGCUUUAAAUACUGAAAAAUUGUCUCAAGAAAAUCAAGUGAAGGCGAUCAUAAACGACUUGAAUGUAGAAAUUGAAAAAUUAAAACAACAAUUUGAACAAGAAAAAGAAAAUAGCGCGGCGUUAAAAUUAAAAAUAGUCUCAAUUGAAAAUGAAUUAAAGUCGAUACUUGAAGAAAAACUUAAAUUGGAGUCUGAAAAAGGGGUUGAAAUUGAAAAUCUUAAGCAAGAGUUAGAAAAAGAGCAAAAUUGUAUAAAAAAUUUGAAAGAUGAAAAAGAUGCUUUAAAUACAGAAAAAUUGUCUCAAGAAAAUAAAGUUAAGACGAUCAUAAACGACUUGAAUGUUGAAAUGGAACAGUUAAAACAACAGCUUGAACAAGAAAAAGAAAAUAACAUGAAAUUGAAAAACGAAUUAAAGUUGGCGCUUGAAAUUAAACUAAAAAUGGAAUCUACAAUUAAUAAAAAAUGUGUUGAAAAUGAAAACCUUAAACAAGAGUUGGAAAAGGAACAAAAUUUAAUAAAACGAUUAAAAGAAGAAAAGGAUUCUAUAAAUACUGAAAAAUCAUCACAAGAAAAUCAAAUUAAGGCGACUAUAAACGACUUGAAUGUUGAAAUUGAAAAAUUAACGCAGCAGCUUGAUCAUGAAAAAGAAAAUAACGCGGCGUUAAAAUCGAAAAUUGAUUCAAUUCAAACAGAAUUGAAAUCAGUGCAUGAAGAAAAGACGAAAAUCGAAUCUGAAAAGGAAAAUUUCAAACAAAAGUUUGAAAAACAAAAAAAUCUUAUCAAGAAAUUAAAAGAUGAAAAAAGUACCGAAGAAAAUCAAAUAAAAUCAACCAUAAAUGAUUUGAAUAUUGAAAUUGAAAAAUUAAAUCAACAACUGAAUCAUAAAAAGACGGAAAAUGAAGAUUUAAAAGCUAAAAUAGUUUCAAUUGAGGCAGAUAUGAAUGGAAAGGAUGCUUCAGUGGAUUCAAUAAUUCAUAAAUUAACCACCGAAAAUGAGAAUUUAACACAAAAAUUGGUUGCAGAAGUUGAAAUCAAGGAAACAUUGAAUAAUGAAAAACAAUUAAUCGAUUCAACAUACAAUGAACUUAAAUUGAAUUAUGAAGAAUUAAUUCAAAAGUUAAGUAACGAAAAAGAAAUUAAUAAAACACUUAACGAAAGAAUUAAUUUAAUUGAACAAGAAUUGCAAACAGUCAAUGAAAAAGCCACCGCCGAUAAAGAUCAUGCUAUCAAAGAAACGGAAUCAUUAAAAUCAGAAAUAGAUUCUUUAACAAAAGAAUUAACUUUAAUCAAGGAUGAAAAUGAUAAAUUAAAUGAAAGCGUAUUAUCACAAAAAUCUCAAAACGAGACACAAUUAUUAGAAUUACAAGAAAAAUAUUCCGAAAAUAGUGAAAUAAUAAAUGAAUUGAAUCAAAAAUUAGAAUUACAAAAUUAUAUUGAAAAUGAAAUCGAUGUUUUAAAAAAAGAAAAUGCCGAAUUAAAACAAAUUUUAGAAAAAGGUCAUGGUAAUUUAGAUGAAAUUAAAUCACAAAAAAUUAUUAUUGAUGAAUUAAAAAAAUCAAAUAUACAAUUUACGGAUGAUAUUAAUCGUUUACAAAAAGAAAAUCAAGAGUUAAGUACACAAAAUGGUUUAUUAAAAACGGAAAAUACAGAGGUUAUUAAAGAAAUGCAAGAUAUGGUCCAAGAAUUAAAGAUUCGUGGUGAAAAUUUAUCAAAAUUACAAAAUUCACAGCUAGAUUCACAAUUGAAAUUGGAAAAAUUGAAUAUUGAACAUGAUAAAUGUUUGAAAGAAUUAUCUGAGAAAGAGAAAAUUAUUCAUGAAUUACAAGAGGAGUUAGAAAAAACUAAAGAUAAAUUAUUAGAUGAUUCUUUGUCAACGUCAACAAUAUCCAGAACAGAAGAUGUUAAUAGAUUUGCUGAAAUCGAAGGUACUUGGGAGGAACGAUACAACAAAUUAAAGCAUUUGGCUAUCAAAUUAAAAAAGAAAAUAAGUUUCUUGAAUGAUGAACUACAGGCUUUAGGUACAAAAAAAUCAAAAUUAGAAGAAAUUGUGGCUGAACAAAAUAUAGAAAUUGAGAAUUUGAAAAAAGAAUUAAAAGAAACCCAAAACGAAAAAGUAACAACACUAAACUUACAAAAUAAUCCAGAUUUACAGAAACUAAGUCAAGAAAUCGAAACAUUAAAUAAAGAUAAACAAUAUGAAUUGGAAUUAAAAAAUAAAGAGAAACAAUUACAAGAUGAAAUUACAAAACAUAAACAAACAAAAGAUCAAUUAAUUAAAUCAAAUAAAGAAUGUAAAAAAAAAUCAGUGCUCAGUUUAGAAAUGGAAGAUUAUGAGCGUUCUUUAAAAGAUUUAAGUCAAAAGUUAAAAGAUAAACAACAACAAAUCACCGAUUUAGAAACAACAAUUGAUACACAUUCUGAUACGAUCAAUACGUUACGUGAACAAAUACGAUCGUUAGAUGAUGCAUUAACUGUUGAAAAGAAUGAAAUUGAACAAUUAAAGGGGCAAUUAAAUGAGAAUCGUAUUAAAGUUAAAGAAUCAGAAGAAAUGUGUAUUGAAAAAGAUAAGCGUAUUAUGAAUUUAGAAAAUAUGUUGGAGAAAGAGAAACGUACGUUAGAAGAGGUUAAUGUACAAUUGUCAAAAGUGAUUGGAGAAAAUCAAAAGUUUAUGGUGAAUCAUAAAAAUGAGAGGGAUCAACUACGAUCAAUUAUUCUUAGCCGGGAAGAAAAGAUUCGAGAAAUUACAGAAAAUUUAGAAUUAACCCAACAAGAAAUGACUCGAUUACAUGAAGAGUUUGAUAAAUAUAAAAUUCGUGCAACGAAUAUUCUACGUCAAAAUAAAGAAAUUAAUAGUCCAUCACAUGAUUAUCAACGUUUGAGUGAAGAAAGUAUUGAACUUAAAAUGCAAAUUGAGACAUUAAAAAGUCACAAUUCAAUCUUAAGUAAUCAAAUAAAAUCCCUUGGAUUAGAAAAUGAAAAAUUACAAGAAGAAAAAUUAGAAGCAGAAAAGAAAUAUGAAGAAUUAUUAUCAAUGUUACAAACAUUAAAGAAAGAACAUGAUGAAUUAAUUGAAACGAAUAUGAAACAAACAUCAGAGCAUAAUGAAGCAUUACGUGCACAGAAAAUACGUAAUGAAACAUUAUCACAAUGUUAUAAACAACAAAUUACCGAAUUAGAGGAGAAACAUGUCAAAGAAAUGCGUGAAUUACAAAAGAAAUUACAUAAACAAUCUACCGAUUUAAGUCAUAAACAAUCAAGUCAAUUAAUUAAUAAACCACCAGCAUAUUUAACGACGAAAUCGAGUAUCACUGAAGACGUUGAUAUUAAUUUUAUGAAACGUGAAGAUGCUGAGGGAUCGGAAAGUUUUGAUUCAACGUCAUUUGGAUCACAACCAAUUCCAUUGGAUCAAUUAUUAUCCACUAAUACACAAAUUUCAAAUGUUCCUCAUAAUGAAAUAAUACGUCCACAAUCUCCUGGAACGGAAUUACGAGCAUGUAAAGAACAACUUAAUCAACAUAAGGCACAAGUUGUUCACUUAACUGGUUUACUUUCUGAUACUGAAAAAGAUGUUGCUAAAUUAAGUCAAUUAAAUGAAAUUUUAAAAGAAGAAAUUCGUCGACAUCAACGCUCUGUCGAACGGGAACAACAUGCCGAAAAUUUAGAAUAUAUGAAAAAUGUUAUUUUUAAAUUUAUAACAUCAGGAAAUGCUGAUGAAAAAUCUCACUUAAUACCCGUACUGAAUACAAUUUUGAAACUUAGUCCAGAUGAAACACAGAAACUUAACGCUGUUGCAAAAGGAAUCGAUCCUGCAACUGGUCGUCCUGCAUGGAGCGCUUAUUUACCUUUACCAAAGUGGCCAGGAACAUAAUAUUUAUAUAAAUUUUAAGUAAAAAUCAUUCCUAAUU